AUGCAACCUACACUAUCUGUCUCGCAUCUUUACUACGACGUCCCAAUAACUAUAAAGGCUAAAUUCCAUGCAUACUUGCAUCAUCGGCUCCUGCGCAAGCCAAGGGACUGGGAUCAGAUGCCUGGCUAUAAGCGGAUUCUGCGCGAUAUUAACUUUAAGAUCUAUCCUGGAGAGUUUGUCGCCAUCAUAGGUCCCUCGGGCUCUGGAAAAACUAGUCUAAUUAACAUACUUGCAAACAGAGUUAUCACUGAGACGUAUUGUGGAGAAGUGAAGCUUAAGGGCAAGCAGCUUGGCCCAUGGAUAAAACCAUAUCUUGGCUAUGUUCAGCAGGAAGACACGCUUUACGCCACAGACACUGCACGAGAGACGCUUCAGUUUACAGCUAACCUUAAGCUUAAAGGGGACAGUCAAAUGAAAAAGAGCAUUAUAGACUCCAUCAUUAACAGCCUGAACCUCUCUCAUGUUGCAGAUCAGCUUAUGGGCGCCGCUGCAGGUCAAGGGUUUGAUGCAUCAAAUGUUAAAACUGGUCUGUCUGGAGGCGAGCGCAGACGAGUGAGCAUAGCAAAUGAAAUAAUCAGCUCCCCACGCCUUCUACUGCUUGAUGAGUGCACAAGUGGCCUUGACACAUCCACUGCCACAACCGUUGUCUCAACUUUGCGAAAAAUUGCUGACAGUAGAUAUAGCAAGGAUGUAUCACGGUUUCUAGAGAGUAAUACAGACAAGGACCCCAGCAAGAGGGGGGACAACAUUACGGUGAUGGCCACCCUCCAUCAACCAAGCUCCUUCAUGUGGAAUCUGUUCGAUAAAAUCCUUGUACUAGCAGCAGGGCGUACAAUAUUUUACGGACGACCAGAGCACUUCUGGACAGCGAUGCAUUCCAUAGGUUAUCAGGUUCCACCCAGUUACAAUCCAGCAGACUAUCUUAUUGAGGUUGUUAGCAAAGAUGAGAAUAAGUUUCCACAUUGCUACGAGGACAGGUUAGACCUAAUCCGUGCCAUUUCGCAAACGUUCGAUGUAGAUCAAAACAUAACCAACUUCAUCAUUGAGCAGGCUAACAAUAGUGCAAAAGAAAGGGCUGGUACUGCGUUGACCGGUGUACCAGCAUUGAACACUGUGAGUGUGCAUAACAUGCGCGCUGAUGUUACAGAAGGCAUUCUCAUCUCCGAAGACUCCUUAAAGAUAGGCAGUGGAUGCAGGACACCAUCCAGUAGGCAGUCCCCCGGCUCUUCAAUAAGACACGAUUUUGGCACCAGAACCUUGUCAAUCAGCGGAAGCGAAGUUAUGAUCACAGGAACAACCAUUGCCAGUACCCGCACUGAAAGCCUAGAGAUGACUGAGAGCAUCUGGAAGCAGGAGAUGUUCACCGAUGACGCUAGUUCUAUAAAGAAGGAAGGCCAUAUGCAAAAUCCUGCUAGGGUUCGCUCUUUUCCCAACUUAAAAGUGGGACCUAUCGAAGGCAGCGUUGAAGUUCAGCAAUACUUCACUAAAGUGUUGAAGCAGACACGCCUGGAGGCAUAUAUGAAGAGACGAGAGGGAGGCGUGACCAGCCCACUUACACUCUUUUCUGACAGCCUGUUUGAGAUCUUAGACUAUAGAACCAAAUAUGCUCAACCAUACUACUUUCAAUUCAUCACAAUAUAUCUGCGCUUUCUUCGAUUUUGCAUACGAGAGCCAUCGAGGCUCCUCGCAUUUGUCUUUCAGUAUGUCUUCUUCGCACUAUUUGCAGGAAGCCUAUUCUGGCGACUCGGUACCACAAUGAGUGAGCUGAAUAACCGCGUUGGCGCUCUGUUCUUUGUACAGACAUGUAUGGCCUUCGCACCAGCCAGUGAGUCUGCACUAAGGGUCUUUCAGUGUCGUCAAACGUAUCACAGAGAGCAUGCAAGCGGUACAUAUGCCACACUGCCAUUUUAUGUGGCAAUGAUCCUCACAGACAUACCCAUAUACAUUAUUCUAGUACUCGUAUAUGGGGCCAUAACAUACUUCAUGAUCGGCUUCAACACAACAAACAUCGGGAGAUGGUUCUACUUCAUGGGGCUCUGCUUCAUGACACUUAUCGCCAGCGUUAGCUUUUCCCAUAUAUUCAUAACCAUGUUUGGCAGUUAUAGAGUCGCGCAGAUCAUCCUUAUGGUGGUUAUCUCAGUCAUUAUCGUCUUUGCAGGACCCUACAUAAACACAAAGACCAUUCCUGUAUACUAUAUCUGGGCACCUUGGGUUUCGUACUUUGCAUAUGCGUUCAAGGGGUUCUUUUAUAAUGAAAUUAUUGGGCUGUCUUUUACAUGUGACGACGGGGUUCCAGAAGCUUCGUGUCCUGUUCAGACAGAUAAAGAUGCGAUAGCUUAUUAUGGAUUAGGAGACUAUUCUCUCGUUGGUGCAUUAUUCCUAGCAUAUGGCUUCCUAACGGGGUGGACAUUGGUUUGUUUUGUAAUCAGCUAUUUUCUGUUAAGAUAUAGACGCUUCAGUUAA